UAGAAAUGCAACUCAUCUCACACUCUCACCUCUACAUAUACGCUUGCAAGGCCUAGGCUUUUGCAAUUCUAUCUUGCACUCACAGAUCCAUCUAAACGCGCAGCUUGGUCGCCAUGGAGCAAGUCGCGUACUGGUUCAUCUGCGCAUGCGCCUUCUUGGCUCUCGUGCUCCUCGUCAGGCUGGGCGCCGCGCGCCGCGACGUCGUGCGCCUCCCGCCGGGCCCGUGGCGGCUGCCGGUCGUCGGCAACCUCCACCAGCUGAUGCUCCGGGGACCGCUCGUCCACCGCACCAUGGCGGACCUAGCGCGCGGCCUCGACGACGCGCCGCUCAUGCGCCUCCAGCUCGGCGGCGUCCCCGUCGUCGUCGCGUCGUCCGCGGACGCCGCGCGCGAGGUGACGCGCACGCACGACCUCGACUUCGCGUCGCGGCCGUGGCCGCCCACCGUGCGCCGGCUGCGCCCCCACCGCGAGGGCGUGGUGUUCGCCCCCUACGGCGCCAUGUGGCGGCAGCUCCGCAAGGUGUGCGUCGUGGAGAUGCUCAGCGCGCGGCGCGUGCGGUCGUUCCGCCGCGUGCGCGAGGAGGAGGCCGCCCGCCUCGUCGCGUCCAUCGCCUCGUCGUCGUCCUCCUCGCCGACCGGCCACGACGGCGGCGCCGCCCCCGCCGUGAACGUCAGCGCGCCGAUCGCCGCGGCCGUGGCGGACGCGACGAUGCGCGCCGUGAUCGGGGACAGGUUCGAGAGGCGGGAGGAGUUCCUGGAGUCGAUCACGGAGGCGGUGAGGAGCUUCACGGGGUUCAGCCUGGACGACCUGUUCCCGUCGUCGAGGCUCGCCGCCGCCGUCGGCGGCAUGACGCGCCGCGCGGAGGCCAGCAUCCGGAAGGGCCACCAGCUAAUGGACAGCGCCUUCCGACAGCACCAGCAGCUGAGGGACGCCAUGGCUGCGCAGCCGCAUCUUGAUGAUUGCGCCAUGGAGGAGGACCUGUUGGACACGCUCCUCAGGAUCCAGAAGGAAGACAACCUCGACGUGCCUCUCACCACCGGCAACAUCAAAGCCGUUCUCCUGGACAUCUUUGGUGCGGGGAGUGACACAUCUUCACACAUGGUCCAGUGGGUCUUGUCAGAGCUAAUGAGGAACCCAGAAGCGAUGCACAAAGCACAAAUCGAGCUUCGGAGUACCCUUCAAGGGAAGCAGAUGGUAAGUGAAGACGACUUGGCAAGCCUGACGUACCUAAAGCUUGUCAUCAAGGAGACCCUGAGGCUUCAUCCCGUGGUGCCAUUGCUUCUCCCGAGGGAGUGUCGUCAAACAUGCAAGGUCAUGGGGUACGAUGUGCCUCAAGGCACCACCGUGUUCGUUAACGUAUGGGCGAUUAACAGAGACCCUAGGCACUGGGAUGAGCCUGAGGUGUUCAAGCCGGAACGGUUUCACAGUGGAAAGAUCGACUUUAAAGGUGCAAAUUUCGAGUAUAUACCGUUUGGUGCGGGUAGGAGGAUUUGCCCUGGCAUGACAUUCGGACAUGCUACCGUGGAGCUCAUGCUUGCAAUGCUUCUGUACCACUUCGACUGGGAGCUCCCUAAAGGAGUUGCACCGAACGAACUAGACAUGACAGAGGAGAUGGGCAUCACUGUGGGUAGGAAGAAUGCUCUUUAUCUGCAUCCUAUAGUCCGUGUGCCCUUGGAACAAGCUACUAUGUCGUAGUUGUGCUACAUACCAUGGGGGUUCUCUACCUUGCAUUAUCAUGCUUUUAUAUAUAAAUGGUUGUGGCGACUUAAUAAAGUGGUUCUCAUUUUCAUUCUAUGA